AGAGAGCUAGCUAGUGGGCUACCGCUAGCUAGCUGACUUGCUAAGUUAGCUAGCUAAGAAAGUGAAAGAAGACGGCAGCUGAACAGAAGCUAGACCAACUUACUCAGACCUAUGCGACUAAUAUCAGGUAGUUAUUUAUUUAUCUAGCUAGCCUUUCACUUAUUUUGUUCACCUCACAACACAGCGAUACAUUGAGCUAAUGCACUGCAAUUUGCAUGAAUUAAACAUCUAGUGACCGCAAUACGGACCAAUGAAUACGACCCUGAUUGUGGCUGUAUACAGUAGCACUGUUUUCUAGUCAAUGACUUUGCUCUCAAAUUCGUGUAGCUAGCUUGGUUAGGCUAACGUUACUUGUGCUUGUGGCUAAACUGGAAAGUGUGCUACUGGCGACAAUGUUGCCGAAAUUCGAAGCAUUUUACACGUUUAUUGUCGAGCACACGUUUGCUGUGUCAUGCGUCGCAGAGAACUAUAGGACUGUGCUGACAAGUAAUGCAUGAUUAUGUAGCUAUCUGCCUCCGCAAGAAAGGGCACUACACACAGGGGAGAAGCUGUCCAUUUACCAGUUAUGUUUAAUAUCCUCAUUAUUUUGAACUCUAGGCCAGGGCAAGUAAUUGUACUCAUUAGCACAAGCGUUCGUACCGGUGAAUGGCGAGGAAGAGUCCGAUUUUUGUCUGCAUCCCAAGAUUUGCGUUAUUGGAGUGAAAGGAAAUCUCAUCACUUGUCAGCUGGCCUAUAAUGCCAGUCGUAAUUGUACCGUCAAAUUAGCUACAUUUAGACUGUAAAAAUAUUCAAUUCAUUUUAUGUUUUGAACAUUAUGUCUUCUUAAAACGGUCACCUCAAUGGCCUAUGCAUUGCAGGAGAGAGGGGACGUUUUAUAUUUCCACUGGAACAGGGGAAAUUGAACCGCAAUUUAUGUUGCUCGAUAUACGAAAGGGUCAUAGUUUGCUGACAGCAGCAUAUAGUGCAGGAGAACAAGGUCAAAAGUGGAUGGUGGUUGUCUGGUAUGUGCGCCUCAGCCCUCCUAGGCAGUCAGAACCAGCUUGCCAGGUGAAGAAUGCUAAUGAAUAAUUGAAGCACAUGCAGCAUAUGAUCGGCAUGCUCCAGGAAUGUGUUCUGGAACAAUGAGGCUUCUCUCAAACACAGCUAUUUUAUUGGUCCAAAUGCUAUCUUGAUAAUACUACAAAUUCCUGAUUGCUUACAGAGUUAGGCCAUUCCAGGGAGAGCUGGGGUUAUUGUAUGGGCCACUGCAAUAGCUAGGCUAAGGUCUCCUGUGAUAGUGUUGAUCAGCUUGACACAAUGGCCUGUCCUCACAUCCAUAGAUCUGGAGAUUGAAAAAUGAUUUUGCUCAGAGCACAUGGAACUGUGGAACGUAGUAGCCUAUGUUAAACAGUAAAUUGGUUUGUAUCAGACUGAAGCUGCAUUAGGCUGUACUGUACCAAUUCUCCUUUGUACUGUAAACGUGUUGAUGUUGACACUGUAGACCCUGAGUGAACAUGGGGCGUUCCCUAUUGUCCGGCUGUCGCUCUGUGGGUCCAGUCCUAUUUUCUUUUCAUGUAGGCCUAUAGGGGUAGAGAACAGUAUGUAGUUAUGACAUGGUAUCAUAACAUUGUAUUUUUUGAGUAUUAGAACCUACUGUACAAGUUUAAUGUGCCAGUUAUGGCAUAGGUUAAAACAUAUUGGGCUUAGGUCUAGUGAUAUUAGAGAAACAAUAGACUUUCUCCAAUAUCAGUAGAAUCUCCCUGUUGGUGACCAGUCAUCUAAUCAGUUGCCUUACCCAAUUGUAAGCGGCAGCACAUUGUUUGGACUUGGAAAAGCGAUUAGAACCUUAGAGAAUAUUGUUGUUGCUUCAUCCAAGUAGCCAUUUUCUCUGGAUUUCAGAUUCUUGUGGACUUAAUGGUCGCAGAUGCAGGUUUUGCAAUGUUGGUAUUGUAGUUCCUUGAACUCUGAGGGUCGAGGUGAGAACACAUGACCAGUCAUGGACCUCAGUCAAAGAGCCAGUAGCUCUGAGGACCUUUUUGAGUUGACUGAAAGUCCAAUUCUUCAUGAAUCAUAAUCCCUCUUCUGGGAAAAGGAGGUCAAGGGACUGGGUGGCUGUUUCUUAAUACAGUGUAAACAGGUAGCAUGGACCCCAAGCGCUCAGUUGAUACUAUGUAAUAGUGCUGCAGUUGAUCCAUGCCUGUCCUCAGGCUACUCAACUAUACUCUCCACCGCUGGACACUGCAGGGCAAUGACCCCUACACACAUACGCUGCUAGUUUCUAGACUUUGUCAGUCUUUCUACAGUGAGGGGAAAAAAGUAUUUGAUCCCCUGCUGAUUUUGUACGUUUGCCCACUGACAAAGACAUGAUCAGUCUAUAAUUUUAAUGGUAGGUUUAUUUGAACAGUGAGAGACAGAAUAAGAACAACAAAAUCCAGAAAAAUGCAUGUCAAAAAUGUUAUAAAUUGAUUUGCAUUUUAAUGAGGGAAAUAAGUAUAUGACCCCUCUGCAAAACAUGACUUAGUACUUGGUGUCAAAACCCUUGUUGGCAAUCACAGAGGUCAGACGUUUCUUGUAGUUGGCCACCAGGUUUGCACACAUCUCAGGAGGGAUUUUGUUCCACUCCUCUUUGCAGAUCUUCUCCAAGUCAUUAAGGUUUCGAGGCUGACGUUUGGCAACUCGGACCUUCAGCUCCCUCCACAGAUUUUCUAUGGGAUUAAGGUCUGGAGACUGGCUAGGCCACUCCAGGACCUUAAUGUGCUUCUUCUUGAGCCACUCCUUUGUUGCCUUGGCCGUGUUUUGGGUCAUUGUCAUGCAGGAAUACCCAUCCACGACCCAUUUUCAGUGCCCUGGUUGAGGGAAGGAGGUUCUCACCCAAGAUUUGACGGUACAUGGCCCCGUCCAUUGUCCCUUUGAUGCGGUGAAGUUGUCCUGUCCCCUUAGCAGAAAAACACCCCCAAAGCAUAAUGUUUCCACCUCCAUGUUUGAUGGUGUUCUUGGGGUCAUAGGCAGCAUUCCUCCUCCUCCAAACACGGCGAGUUGAGGUGAUGCCAAGGAGCUCGAUUUUGGUCUCAUCUGACCACAACACUUUUACCCAGUUCUCCUUUGAAUCAUUCAGAUAUUCAUUGGCAAACUUCAGACGGGCCUGUAUAUGUGCUUUCUUGAGCAGGGGGACCUUGCGGGCGCUGCAGGAUUUCAGUCCUUCACGGCAUAGUGUGUUACCAAAUGUUUUCUUGGUGACUAUGGUCCCAGCUGCCUUGAGAUCAUUGACAAGAUCCUCCCGUGUAGUUCUGGGCUGAUUCCUCACCGUUCUCAUGAUCAUUGCAACUCCACGAGGUGAGAUCUUGCAUGGAGCCCCAGGCCGAGGGAGAUUGACAGUCCUUUUGUGUUUCUUCCAUUUGCGAAUAAUCGCACCAACUGUUGUCACCUUCUCACCAAGCUGCUUGGCGAUGGUCUUGUAGCCCAUUCCAGCCUUGUGUAGGUCUACAAUCUUGUCCCUGACAUCAUUGGAGAGCUCUUUGGUCUUGGCCAUGGUGGAGUUUGGAAUCUGAUUGAUUGAUUGCUUCUAUGGACAGGUGUCUUUUUAUACAGGUAACAAACUGAGAUUAGGAGCACUCCCUUUAAGAGUGUGCUCCUAAUCUCAGCUCGUUACCUGUAUAAAAGACACCUGGGAGCCAGAAAUCUUUCUGAUUGAGAGGGGGUCAAAUACUUAUUUCCCUCAUUAAAAUGCAAAUCAAUUUAUAAAAUUUUUGACAUUUAUAACACAAUUGCACAUUUAAUCCCCUUGCAAAAUAUUUUUCCAAUAAUGAAGGAGUUAUUUUCUCUUGUUUCUGCUCUUUUACCACCAUCUCCUUUUCAAUUGCUCUCUCCCUUGCCCUCCUGUCCCUCCUCUGCCACUGUGUUUUCCUCCAUCCCUUCCAUCCUCCACUUCUUCUCCUAUUCCCUCCAUCCUUCCGGCCCCCCUCUACAUUCCCCCUGCCAGUCUAGGGGUAUUGUGUCUUCUGUACAGUAACAGUACAUGCCUCUCACCCUCUCUUUUCCUGUCUCUCUCCUGGUGUGGUAUACUGUAGGUGAGUGAUGGAGACGAGAGAGUUGACCGUGGUGGCUGGUAGCUUCGUGGGGUUUCAGUUGCUCUUCUCCGUGGCUAGCCCACUGUUCUCCUCAACCUUCACCCCUGGCUACAGCCGCCUGCCACCCACCAAGCUCACUGAGUGGAACUCCAGGUACAAUACCCUUCCAACAGGCCUCUCUAGCAGGUUUCACAUUAUAGACUAGUACUGUACCCACUCUGCUAUAACCCACCUUUAUCAGACAUUAACCCAGGCACACUGAUAUUCAUGUGAAAUCUGAGGUCUGAAAUGAUCAAAAUGUAGGCUAACAAGUUAAUGAUUGUGUAGAUAUUGAUUCUCUACAUUGCUAGUGGACUGGUUUUGCGUUCAAAUGGUUUUAUUGUGCUGAUACUGCAGCUCUAAUCAGACAGGUCUUAAUUAUCUAUCUACAGUAUUGUCAUUUAGGUUGUCAUGGGUCAUCUUAUCAACAAUCCAUAGUACACGUCAGGGGCUGGGCUUUGAAUUCAAAGACCAGAAACGUGUAAUUAGUUUGGGGUUAAGUUCAAAAGUUGCCAAUUGCCGUUUUGUAAUGAGGUACUCCAUGUACUGGAUGGUAUCUCUUCUCUGGUAUCAGUUUGUCUUGACCUGGUGGGCUGUACCCACCAUUAACCCUUUACCAAUGUUCCCUAAAAAACUGAGGCUGUACCCGCUUUAAGUUACAGUUUUAACAGUGUCCAUGUAGGCUACUGUGGCUAUUUGAUCAUAAUGUAGGCCUCCAUCAAAAACAAGGGAGAAAAUGCAUCCCAUAACAUUUUAACAUGGAAAUAGCUGUUCUAUCAUUCAGCCUACAGUAGCAGCUAAUGUGUGGUGUUCAAUGUAGGCCUACAUUCCAUGAGACUUUUGAAAAAAACAUGCAGGGCUUGACAUUAACCUGUUUAUCCACUUGUCCUUCAGACCAGGAGAUGACUGAAAAUGUUGUGGUAUUUGAUGCAAGAAACCACUUUACAAAAUAAAAUGCAUUAUUAUUUCCAUACCAUUAUUACAGAGAAUCAGACAAAUUAUGCUCCCCUCUGCCUUAUGGCUACUUAGCUUAUUCAAGCCGGUCUCAAAAUACAACACUGCACCUUUUACCUGACUCGCUUUUCAAAUAUGUCUAGAAAUGUACAUGGUUGUGCUCUUGUAGGAAGCAGUCACUCCCCUAUUGCUGACUACAUAUUAUCUAUAACUGGGCUAAUAACUCACUAACUAGCAAAGGAUAUGAACAAAAUGUGCACGUGGCUACAUGUAGCUCUCGCUUUGAUCUCAAAACAAGCGCUUCUACUCACGACCACGCAUGCUGUAAACACAGUCCAGUUCAAAGUAAAUGGCACAGAUCCAUAUAUGGUCUAUUUGCAUAUAGAGCUACUGCAGUUCUGAUUUGUUUAUGUCGCACUGGUCUGUGUAGAGUACAGGCUGAGUAGUGCGUGUCAAUGCAAUAGAAUUCUACUCCAAUGCGUUCUGCCUACAACAAAAUCUCUUGCAUAGUUGGUUUUGUUUCGGUAUGUUGCAUUGAAAGUGGGUAAUAUUGCGUUGAUUCGAUCACAAUUGCCACAGUAAAGGGAAAUGUUGAUCGUGUUAACAGGGAAAUCUAUAGAAUAGUGGUCACCAACCUUUUCUGAGUCAAGAUCACUUUCUGAGUCAAAAUACAAGCUGAGAUCUAUCGCUCAGAUUAAAAAAAAACAUGACUUAAAGAACGUACGCCUAUGCAACAUUAACCAAUUAAAAACAGUACUGUAGCAAUCAGGUUUGUGCAGUAAGCCAUAGGCCCAAUACAUUAUCACCACAUAUUGGCUUUGCUUGAAUUGCCCUGCCAAUGUUUGUGACAUUUUUAACAUUUAUAGUUCUAUAUUCAAGGUAGGCUAUAUGAUCACACUGGUAAUAGAUCCGUUGUUGUAUUACUUGUGAGGCACAGCUGAGUGAGCAUACAUUUAAAUAAUUAGCUUUUUAUUUUACUGGGCUGAUGGUGCCUGCAUCUGAUGGUCAGUCUCAGCAGAGGGAGAGAACAGCAGAAUGAGGGUCCGCCUCUCAACAUCCAUCCGCUCUCCCUUUCCUCCACUGACACUGACCAAAAAGGGACACCGUCUUCCAGCUGAUGGCUGCAUUGUUAUAGUCGCACCGCAUUAUUUCUGUGUCAUGCUUAAAUUCAUGUUGUUACUCUAAUGAACAGAGAAAGUGAAAUAUUCUUCGAUAUUAAAAAGACCCAAGCGGCUAAUAACAACAACACAAGCCUAUUGAUACACUUUCCUACCCAUUCAUUACUGCUGCAGUGCUUGUUGUAGGGCUGAGUGGAAAUGGGAAGAACACACAUUUUAUGGCUUAUAAGUGUUGAAUACAAAGUGUUGACAGUGCUGAGUAAGAACUUCAACAUGAACUAACUCAUAAAAACAGCAGCUCUUUGCUGUAUUCGUUGACAGUCUCUCUAGUCAUGGUUUUGAAAUCUCACAGUAUCAAUUUUGCUGUAGCUUUCCUUUAUGCCUGCUACGUUACUGCCCUCACGGUAAUCUGAGCCAUCCGAUUGGCCAGCGGUAGACCUAUAGUGCACUUGAUUUGCUCCGGGCCCGCCGGGAAGGCAGAGUUUGUACCUUCAGACAUAUGAAUUGGUUCAAAAUGGCAACAGUUCUCCUACCCGGCGCGCAGGGCAGCUGAAUCAGGUGCACCUACUGCCAACAGCCCGAGACGAAUAAAAAAGAAAAAUAGGAACACAACGCUUUAUCAUUAGGUUUUUUACAGAAAUGUUUGGCGAUCGACUAGGAAUGCCUUGGAGAUAUACCAGUCGAUCGCAAUCAACCUUUUUGUGACCACUGCUAGAAAGUUGAGUGAAGUUCAAUCUUUGCUUCUCUCUGUGGGCUGAUAUUUCUUCUGAGUGGCAGUCCCAGGGCUACUGCGUGACCGCGGGCAGCUAAGAGGGAACAUUGCCCUUUACCCCCCUGAGCCUCAGUUCAUACAGUGGGUCAUGCACACUGAACACUGCGACAGGAUGUGUGUACCAUGGCACAACAAGCCAAAGGUCAAGCACUGAUAGUGGCUGCAGUUGGAUUGCAUAACGGCUCCGAGUGUGUCAGUGUGUUUCGUUUAUUUACGCCUUAGUUGUAAAGGGGCACAGAGAAUAUUUACAGAAAGCUGCACAGCAGGGAUGUAAGCCUGAGGCCUGAGGCAUAGGCUAAGGAACACGACGUCACUAGCUAGAUAUUCAAGUGGGUGAGCGGGAGAGCAAACGCACUUGCCCCUUCUGUUUCAUAAGCGACUGUCGUUGACCCCCAAAAAAUUCCACUCUGUCUUGGUCAUGGCUGUUAUACGCUGUCACAGUCACUUUAUAAUGGUGACACUAAAAUAACAUGAUGGUACUCGUACAGUGGCUGGUCUGUGGAGCCAGUGUUGCCAGGCCUGUGGGACAGCUGGUGUGCCCAGGGUCUGGUGACAGUGAGGGGACUGUGUGUGAGGGGAGAUAAGAGCCGUGGGAGCACUGGCCCAGAUAAAGAUUCCCAGAGGUCAACGAGACCUGAUAAUGGUUACACACACACACGAUUCUCCUUCAUUAGUUCCAUUGCCAAGGUUCCACAUGGCCCAAAUGAGCUUAGGUUUCUUCAUUGUGUUCUCAGUGCUAUAAAGGAUGUUAUUGUUAUGUUACUUGAACUGUUUAUUGGUAUUACUGCUGCCGUGGUGGUAGUCUUGCAUCAUUCUCUGCCAUUGCGCUAACUGUCCCUGUUUCUGUGUGCUUGCCCAGAUUGGUGUCCACUGUCCAUGCUCUGAUUGUGGGCCUCUUCUGUCUCUACAUCCUGUGGUUUGAUGAUGCCGUCAACGCAGACCCCGUCUGGUAAGAUGAACUGAAAUACUGUCUGUCACUCCAUCAGCCAUGGCUACUAGCCUACCCCAAGAGGGAGGGAAGGAAACAGAAGGGAGGGAGGGACGAUCUAUACAUUAGGGGAAUGAUGGCGCUGCCAUUCCCCACUGUCAGAGAGAAGUAGAGGAGAAAUCUCAGUGGAGUCUCCAGAGAGGUGUAUAUUCAGUGGAUUUGUCCUUUCAUUGUAUUUUCUAUGUUUCUCUCUCCUACUGCUGACUGUGUGAUUUACAUCAUUGAAUCCUGAAAGAGAGGAAUGGUAAUUUCCCCCUAUCCCUCACUCCCUCCCUAUCCCUUCUCUUUCUCUGUCUUCUACUCUCUCUUCUCUCUCCUUCUGUUUCUCUUCCUCUGAUCAGACAAGCCAGAGUCCUGCCAACAAGGCUCCUUUUCAUAGCAAACAACAGCAGCCCAGUCUACAGCCCCCCUCUUCCUUCUGGUGUCCCCCCCCUACCCUGAGUCCCCCUGACCCCCCCCCCAGCAGCACCCCACAUCUCUGGCUGUAUGAUCAAUACAGCACUUCCCUCGCUCUCAUUGUCUGUCUGUUGCUGAUGGAGCGGAGAAAAGGGAAAGCAAAGGGCCAAUGGGGAGGAGCCCCGCCACCACCCUUCAUCUGCUCUGUCCUAAUGUCUCACAUUUAGACUACUCUCUUUUUCCUUCUCUGUUCUUUGUUGUUCCUUUACUUUCAUAGGGGUGUGAUUCAGAGGGGUGUGAUUGUCUGUGUAGUAUUGGUACUAUCCUUUUGUGUCAUUUACGUAUUUGCUUUCCUGCCAAUCUCUUUUAGUUUCUUACUUUUCCUCUAUUUAGACUGGUAGCCAUGUUAUUUUGCUAGCGCUGUAGCUAGUUCCUCUUAUUGCAACACUGAAUGGCGUAAGCAUUAAAUCUUCAGACAAUCUGAUUGCAUUACAGCGUCAUUUAGACAUGCCACAGACUGGCAUUGUGCUGGGCUUCACAGAAUUAACCGCCCUAAAACCUGCAUUGUGACAGAUUCAGCUUCUCGCAACAUCACUCUGGUGGUUCUGCCUGGGUUUUGUCAUCGUAAUCCAAUCAAUCUGAAGCGUUUAUCUGAGUUUGAAAAGUGCGAUGUAACCAGUGGGAGCAGAAUACAGACUCAAUUGGUUUUAAACAAUGGUGCUCAGUUGGUUGAUCAGAGUUCACUGAUGUAACCCCAGGUGUGGCUUACUGUAAGAUUAAGAUCACUUUAUUGGUCAAAUGCACACAAGGUCCAACUGAAAUUUGACUUCCGCUUUUUAACCCAAUCUCUCUGAAAGACCCAUACAUACACAUAAAUAUACAGGUUUUGGAGAGAUACCACACUGUUGUUGUAGGUGGUUAAGUGCCUUGCUCAAGGACACAACGGCAGGCAAUGAAAUCUAGGAUUUGAUGCCAGCAACCCUCCGGUUGCCAGCACACUUCCCGACAGAUUUUUCCCGUCGGACCCGGGAUUCAAACUGGCAACCUUCCGGUUGCUGGCUCGCCUCUAACCGCUAGGCUACCUGCCACCCUGCCGUACCUGGAUCAGUGAUGUAAUCGGAUAACCUUUGGACCCAUCUCAUCCUGACCUGAAGUUUAUCUCUUAGUUUUAACUGAUUCACAAGUUUAUCUACGAAUGGCUUUGAUUCUCUAUAUGGACAAGGGUGAAUAGAUUAGGCUGAUGGUGGGCUCCUGGAUGUACAGUAGACAUGAUAAAGUGGAGAAACGAUUGGCUGCACAUAACAUUGAUCGUGGUUACAUGAGUCUAGAAGUGGGGGUCAGAGAGGAUGUUGCACUCAGACAUACACAGACUGGUGCAGGCCUGGUACAUUGGGGUGAAGGUUGGGAGAGGUGAGGGAGGGCGGUGUCAUGUGGAGCCCUCCUCUCCUGUGUAAUCCAGAGGGCACGUCGUGGUGUGCUGUUACAGAGGAGCCAUGACCCAGCCCGCAGCAACAGGAUCCCUGUGAUGGAGAGAGGCCAAUAUCAGUUACAAUGUCACUUUACUGAGGCAGACACACAUUAUGAACCACAGUCACUUAGCAGAUGCUCUUGUCAAGAGCCACUUGCAGUACAGUCAACACACAGGCCUAGGCAGUAAAUGUGGCCCAUGUGAUACAAUGAACCUAUAACCAUGGCAUUGCCAAAACCUUGUCCAAGCACCUGAGCCAUACAGUCCACUCCUACAGUCAAGAGAACAGUGGUACUCAUUCUUACAGUAUGUACUAUAUGCAGGCUACUACUCACACAUGGACACACAUCCUGACACGUAUUUGUCCAAGAGCACACAAGGAUACAGCAGGCAAACAGAAACACACCCUCUAUGUGAGCACAACGCAUUUGUCAACACAGUGCUGUUUAAACUGGACCUUCCCUGGACACAGUUAUCUUUAGUAGUAGCAAGACUAUGACUCAUGACAUGGCCAUUACUCAGUAGACCAGGGGUCUCCAACAAGUCGAUCGCAAGCUGCCAGUAGCUCGCAGCCCACCUAUGAGUAACUCCUGUCAAAGAAUUCUGAAGGUACAUGCAAUUUUCACGUGUUCCACCGCAAACUGUCAUAAAGAAACCUCACAAGUAUCAAACACCGCAGGCUCCCAGCUACUAUCUAAUCAACGCAACGUUGACAUUAUCCCACCCCUGGUUAGCCACUAUUGGCUUAAAAAGCCAAGCCUAGCACAAUAUCUGCCAAUUAAUUUCCAGCAAUAUUGCCCGUGUCUGUGUGUGGUAAGCGCGUUUGUCUAUCACUCCGUGUGUAGCCAGUAGAUGUGAUAACCGUCUUGUGGGUUGACAGAAAUACUUUCCUCAACCUUUUCAAUUAAAUGUUAAAUGACCAGAUGCGCAAUUAAAGGGGAAUUUCACAAAAAAAGCAUUUUACCAGGUAUAUUGACAGUAAACAUAAUGCACUACUUUCUCUUGUGCAGUAAGGACCCGAGAAGAGAAGAAUGUGCCUAUUUGAAAGCUAGAAAAUAAAUUGUAGCUUGUGACGUUUCAUUUUAAAAAGUAGCUCUCAUGCUAGUAAAGGUUGGAGACCCCUGCAGUAGACUUUGCAAUAAUACAUUAUGUAGAAUGUUUUGUAUGUAGAAUGUUUUGUAGACUUCAGUACAUUUCUGUGAAAUUGUAAGUAGCUUUUGUUUCUGUUUUAGUUUUAGCAUUAAUCUGUAAUGUGGCAACUGUUAUUCUGAAAGAACACUUUGUUUUGUUUUUGCUGUACAGGGGGGAGCCUGGACUAGUGAAACUUAAUGUGGCCAUAACAUGUGGUUAUUUGCUCUAUGGUGAGUCUCUCUCCUCAUGUUUAUCCUCUUGUAUAAUAAUAAUAAGCCAUACACAUUUCUCUGUGGACAGUAGAUGGAAAUAAUAAGCUGUGUGCUAACCACCCACUUGUUGUUCUGUGUAGACCUUGUGCUUCUGGCCACCAACUGGAGCACAAUGGGGGACAGCUUUUUUGUCUGUCACCACUUGGCGGCGCUCUAUGCAUAUGGUUAUGUCUUGGUGAGUCUGGUGGAAUAAAUACCAUGAGCACAAUGGCUAUUAUUAGAUGGUUAUUUGGUUCCUUUGGGUUUUGUUAUUCAAAUACUCAGUGUUCUUUCUAAAGGUGUUGCACGUUUUAGUUUGUUUUAGUUUAUUUCUGCCCAUGUCUAUUUGUGGUAAUACAUCUUUAUGCUCUGCAGUCUCGUGGCGUGCUUCCCUAUUUCGCCAACUUCCGUCUCAUUUCAGAGUUAUCCACACCUUUUGUGAACCAAAGGUAAGCUAGCUCCACUUUUACUACAGUUUUAUGAAUACUCCUUCUCCUGUUUAUCAGCCCCUAUCUCUGUCAGUGUUGACAUUAUUCCUGUUCUCCUCCAUGUAUAGGUGGUUCUACGAGGUGCUGAAGUACCCUCGCUCGGACCGCUUGGUGGUGGCCAACGGCAUGGCCAUGGCAGUGGUCUUCUUCAUGGUGCGCAUCUUCGUCAUGCCGCCCUACUGGGCCCGGGUGUUUUCCACCUUCGGCACGGAGGCCUUUGAGCGCCUGGGCAUCGGUGCUCAGGUGGCCUGGAUCACAUCCUGCAUCGCCCUGGACAUCCUCAACACCAUCUGGAUGUACAAGAUCGCCCGCGGCUGCUACAAGGUUAUGAUGGGCGCCAGCGGCAGGAAGGCCAAAGAGGUCUCCCCGCUCAAGCAGAACCAUGUGAAUACCCACACAGACUAAGAGAUACUGGCAGGAGGGGGGGACAUAGACAGAGACUCUGUGAAAGCGAGACAGGACUUCAAGGGCUCUUAUAGCCCCUACUAGCCCCAGCCUUGCUAUUCUCUCCAUCCCCUGAAAUCACGUAGCAGAAUGGGGUCAGGUCCUGAUCAGUUUCAGCCUCACAGAAUGAGACUGGUUCCACACUAGCUUCUGUACCUCAGUGUUUCAUCGAUGGUGUGGUGGUACCCUGGCUGGGUUUGGUUGGAGAUGGCAGAGUAGCUGUUAAGUACACUCAUUCUUGUUCAACUUCAACCUAAGUCCAGUCAUCUGAAGUGCCUGUGAUGGACAGGUAGAAAGCAAUAAAAGAAGAAAACGUACCCUGGCUCUGUCAGAAACUCCCCCUCUCCCCCGGCCACCAUCCUUUACUCUUUUCAGUUCCAUGACCCGUCCACCCAGAGGAGAGCCUCCUGCUUGGCCCACAGAAUAAGGACCUCUUAGUGUGCCAGUUUAUGCUAGUUUGACAGACAGAGGCACCACAAUGCCUCUUACUGCAUUUGCUGUGGCCUCCUUUUUAUGAACACCACCUACAUCGCCACCAGACUGGUCCCCCACUCACAGCAACAGUUCAGAUUGAAUCACCACUGGAUUUCCCAUCGACAGCCUGGAUGCACAUCCAGGGGAAAAGGAGACAGGGAUGUGGGGAUUGGAUCCUACCGCUAACUCUCCAGAAUCAUUGUUUUUCAUUGGAUGCUUUUGCCUCAUCUCAUCCAGGGUCUGGCUCUGCUCUGUUUCGGGACUCUGGGGUCUCAGUUAUCCCAUUUGUUCCUCCUGUUACUCAACCUCAAAACCAGGAAUUGAUAUCAACGCGUCUUAACUUCACUACACUAUCAUAACCCUCUGUCACAGCGGAGUGGUUAAAUCCAUCCAGUUUGAUGCUUCUGUUCUACCUCCCCUGCCUUAUAAUGACUUGUCAGUCCCUCCAUAUGAGAAUAAUCACAAUGAGGUUUUUUUCUCCUUCUGUAAAGAUGUUUUAGCCUUUGAAAAGAUCUCAUCCAGUAUCUCUAGUUCAGUGGACUGGAAAGGAUGUUUUCUCUCUCUCUCUGGAGAGUUUUCCCAGCCACUGCAGUGUAACACUACUGUUAAACUCCACACUUGUUCUCUAUCUGAGGCACCGCUGGGGCUUUUAACUUCCAUUUCUCUCUUCUAUUUUCUGUGUUUUUGUGAGAACUGAAUUUGGAACAAGAGCGGGUCCCUUUUGGGGGGAAGCAUUCUCCUGGCUUAGGUGCUUUUCCGCCUACAGAAUGUCAGCCAUAGGAAUGCUAGAAAUAUGAUGUUCAAAAUAGUUUAUAUAGAUAUUCAUGUAUGAUCAAUUAUGAAUUACCAAUCUGACAACAGCCAUAAACUGGCAAUGUUAUACUGUAGGUGUAGUUAUGUGCUCUCAUACUGUAUAACUCAGUUGGAAAUCUUCCUUUCAAAUCAAGUUGAUUUGAUUGAUUUCAAUUCACUGAGAGCAUGUUAAGAAAACUUUGGAUUAUGAUGAUUUAUAGUCUCCCAUAACUAGUUUGGAUCACUAAACAGGAUAAAUAUGAAUUGCAUUAAUCUAUGGGUUCCUCUGCAAUUAAUUUUAAUCAGUGCAUUUUAUGUUUUUCACCCAACUGUAUUGAGUGCAUGUUAAGUGUUUUGUUUUCUGUCCCCCUCCUGUCCAUAAAGCGUUGAGAUCGUUUGGGACGGGGGUCUGAAAUGUUCGACUUUUCACUGUGGAAUUAAAGCACACUCCCCAUGAUGGAGCAAUAACUUUUUGAGCCCCCUCCAUGUACCACCGAGGAGGGUUGUAUUGUCGUGCCUUUACGCAAACAGGAAAUCUAAUGCAGUCAGGUAGAGAUUAGCAUGACAUUUUAAUGUAAAACUAGUGUUUGUUUUCCUUUUUUUCUUGCUAUUGUAAUCUCUUCUCUCUAUGGAUACUGUUAUGUAUAUAUUUUUGUACCCUGCACAAUAAUGAAUCCAGACAAGUAUUAUCCAAAGUUGACCCCUCUGUAGGGCCUGCUUGUGUUUCUUCUGAAUACGGGAGCAGGCCUCGAUAUGAAUGUUGUGGUGGUUUAGUGGUAUUAGGAGGAGUGGGAAGUGGCUUAAAGAGGCACGCUGCUGGUUAUGACCAGGAUGAAGAUGAGAUUGGAAAUGUAAUUCUUGACAUUUAGUUAUUUAGCUACUUCAAGCUCGGUUGAGAAGAUAGUGGGAUUUGGCUCACUCUUCUCACCCAGUCCUCCAAUAAUUCAAGCUGUGAAUAGUGCAACAUGUUUGUAUCAUUCAUUAGUCAAGUACAUGUGUAACCUGAUAAUGAGAUUUCUGGUACUCCAGUAGGCUGUGGUGUGCAUUUAAGUCAGCUUCGGAUGCCUGUGAAAGAGGUUGUACUUCUGUCCAAUGUUAGCACAAACUAUGAGUUGGAUGUGUAGUGUUUGUCACUGACUGCAGUGCGUCUGUGGUGUUGAAUUGCAAUGUAGACCUCUGAGUGAUUUAAAAUCGUCAAAGUUUUGGUUUUUGGAAAUGAGGAAGUGACAUGGCGGUUUCAGUAACAUCAAGCCCGAGUGCACUUGUAUCAGCAAGAAAUAACCAUGUGGCCUUUUAUCUCUUUGAAAGGCUAACAUUGUGUAUUUAGAGAAGGUACAAAUGGUCUCAGGCCCUGGUGAAAAAUUAGGACAUAUUGUAGCUCCUGGAAGAACUGGUAGGACCGUUGCAUUUAUUUCAGCUGCAUUGCAGGUAUUUUCAUCUCUUUGUAAGGUUGAACAUAGCAGCAUCACAAUACUUUUAGCCAUUUGGUACUAAAUGCCAUGGAUUGGCCAGAAAAUCUUGCCCCAGCUCUUUGUGGACUCUCUCGUAUAGUCUUGCUUCACCUGUGGAGCAUAUUUGUAGACCGCAGCAGUCGCAUCAUUUAUGUCACAAGGAGGUGCAGAGAUGGAAACAAUUAAGUCAAGAAAAUAAUUAAUAUAAAGUGAUGAUGAUAGUGAUGAUGAUAGUAAUGAAACGAGUGAACACAAACUAAUGAGGAAAAAAAUCAUAGAUCAAAUGUUGCCAGUGUUUUUGUUUUUGUUUUUUGUUUUGUUUUAAUUUCUUAUUUUAAUGCAAUGCAAUUUGUUACAUUAUUAUUUUCUGAAUAUUUUAAUGUGAAAAGAACAAUACACAGGCCUUAGGGCCCCUGUCUCAACACCAUGUGACUUAGAUUGUCUACAAUGACCACUACUAAUGAUGUCAUUGUAGCACUGAAAGUUGAGACUUACUUGAAAGUUUUGCUCUUCAAUAAAUUUGAAGACAGAUUAUUUAUUUUGUCUCAAUCAUUGCUUUCUGGCUUCAGAGUAAGAAUUCAAACACCAUUGACUUUCAUGUAUUUUGUUUACACUGGUGUACACAAACUGAGACAAUUUUAUGAAAAAUACUGCAUGUUGGAUGCAUCAUAGUAUAGUAGUCAGAAUGCGUACAGCAGUGUUCUGAGGUUGGGUGGUUCUAAGCCUUCAAAGGUAUGUCUGGCUCAGUCCAGUCCAGCUAGUCCAUCAAAUUUGAAUUGUCACAUGCUUCAUAAACAACA